AUGGACAUCACAUUGCCCCAGCCGCUGCAAAGCUUGGCGGCACCCUAUUUGCGGGAGGGCUUCGAUGCCUCUCCCUACCCGGCCAAACAGGAGCAGGACACCCCAAGCCCAGUAUGGAUGAUCCGACUAUUCAAAACGCAGCCUUGCAACGUGGAGGGGAGGCAUGACCACCGAUCUUGUCCAUGGUACCACGGUGAGCGUGAGAGGAGGCGGCCAGUGUUUACCGAUGCUCAGUCCCUGGCCUAUGCGAGCGUGCCAUGCGAGCUACAGUUUGACGAUGAGGGGAGCUGCCCUUACGGCGAUCAGUGUGGGCAGUGUCACAGCAAUACUGAGCUCCUGUACCAUCCUGACCUCUACAAGAAGCGAUUUUGCCAUCAACAGCGUAACUGUCCCCGGGGGAAGUUCUGCGCCUUUGCACACUGCCGUGAGGAAUUGCUUGCGCCCAAUUUCUCUCAAGAGGAGGAGAACAAUCCCACAGAAGACUUUAUGGCCCUUCGCUUCAAAACGCAGUGCUGGGCUCGGCUUUGGGAACAGUGGUGCCCACUUGGUGGUCCACACAAUUGGGAGAACUGCGUCUAUGCCCAUACCUACCGGGAUUUCCGCCGCGUGCCCGUGCUCGGGUAUUCAUCGCUGCCUUGCCCACGCUGGGCGAUGAGUACGAAACAGAAUGCGGCGGACACAGACUAUCUGACACGCUGUCACCUGGGCUUCGCAUGCCCCCUGGCCCACGGUGCCAAGGAGCAACUCUACCAUCCCAGGUUCUACAAGGCCAACCCUUGCAGUGAUCGACGUUGCCAGCGGGCAGUGCUAUGCGCUUUCACCCAUGGGGAACCCCCCAGGACUCGAGCCGAGCGCCGAAAAUCACAGAAACCCAGCAAGCCCAUGCCCAUCCCGGAUGCAGAGCAAUUGCUGGCCCAGUUUCAGCCGAACUUUGGUCGACCUCCAGUGUAUCAGGCACAAGAAGAACAGAAGCCACAGAAGCCGCAGGUCAGGAGGAAGGAGAUCCGCAAAUCGGCAAGCGAGAUUCCCAUUGCCCUUCAUGAAGCUGAAGGCUUUCCAGGUUUGUCUGGCAAUCUCGAGCCAAGCUUCCUGUCCGUGACGCCAUCUUGGAACCAUCCCCAGACUCCCAUCCUCCCAGUCUCCCCCUGCUCCGGCGGCAGCUUCACAACCUUGGCCUCCGUGAACCGGGCAUCCUUCGAAUCAAUGCCAAGCUUUACCCCUAGCUAUGACCGGCUGAAGAUCCCUAAGCCCAACCUGGAGACUGACUCCAAUGGCUGGCGAACCAACUCCUCCUUCGGCCCUGGCACACCCAUAGCCUCCUUGCCGUCCACGCCAAGAUCAGUAGUGCCCUCUUCCAGCACGAGGUCAGGCUCAACGCGUGUCGCAGAAACCUCUGAGGGCUUCGGCUCACCCGUGGCAGCUCUUCCAAUACCAGUUGCAUUGCUUCAAGCUUGA